AUGCUACUCAUAUCAUCCCCACUCAGCAUGCUGCUGCCACUGCUGUCGCUCCUCACCCUCGCGCUCGGCCAAAUCCCCCCCGAAAGCCGCACCAUCGUCGAUGUGCUGGCGGAGACGGGCCAGUUCUCCAUCCUCCUGCGUCACCUCCAGCGCCACCAACUGAUUCCGUUUCUCAACACCCAGCGAAACAUCACCCUAGUGGCGCCCGACAAUGGCGCCUUUGCCCAGUUUGGUGGCCAGGUCACACGCGAGCUGCUGCUCUACCACAUUUUGAACGGCUCCGCCACGUUCGAAAACUCCACUGACGGCUCCCACGUCUACCUCACUGCCCUGGACCACGUGCCCGUAGACGUAGUCGUCUCCCACAAGAAGGAGACCAUGGCCGUCAACGGCGUCGCCGUCGUUGAAACGGAUCUCCUCGCAGGGCGCCAGCGUGGCAUAGUCCAGGUGCUCGAUAGCGUGCUGGAGCUGCCCUCCACUUGGCAGAAGGAGAUUGGCAAAAUCCCCCGACUGUCGCACUUUGCCAAGCUCGCCAACAAGGCCCGACUCGGCGAUCUCAGCAACAUGACAUUGUUAGCGCCAUCAAAUGCCGCCAUGCGCAUGUUUACGCCGCUCAUGGACGCGUAUCUCACGUGCACCGACGGUAGAAAGGACCUCGAGCAUAUCGUGAACCACUUUAUCGUCGACGAGCUCGUCUACGGGUCACGUGAUGGCAAACCCAUCCCACUCCCGAGCCGCGAGUACACCGCACGUGACGGCACGGUGUACUCGUUUUCUGAUCUGCUCACCGUCAACAGCACAUGGGCGCCGCUUCAAAGCAAUAUUCCGUGCCAGAACGGUCUCAUCCAUGUUUACGACAGCUUGCUGUCACGCGACGAGCUGCUGGUGUUCACACCCCGCAUGGCGCUCCAGGGGCUGGGGCUGGACCGGUUUGUGGCGUUGUUACGGCUGGCAGGGCUGGGGGAGUUGAUAGAGGGCAAGGGGGGCGAGCAGACGGUGUUUGCUCCGAUGGAGAAGCCGAGCGCGAUGGGUGAAUCACGUGAGUUCCCCCGUGACUCCGACUCCCGGUCCCGGUCACGCGAUCUCUCCUACCUCCUCUCUCACCACCAAGCAUCCCUCUCCCGCGACGAACAAACCGCCUUGGUGCCCUCCCUUCUCGCCUCCCUCGAAUCUGAUCUGCGACCCUCGUCCAGCGGACUCUACUCCGAAGGUGGCGCCUACCACUUUACCCAGUCGGAACUCAUCCUCUCACGUGAUCUGUUUAAGCACAAGGCACAUCUUCUGGUUGACACGAAAAUGAAGUCCAAGAAGAUUGGCUACCGGUCGCAGCGGAUCAAGCUGUCGUACGACGAGGUUGCCGACGAGUAUGUCAUCAACGAUCGGCGGAUCGUAUCAUCGCCAAAGUACGACACUAAUCUCUUUGUCGUCGGCAACUCGUCCAUCUACCUGAUUGACGAGGAGAUGGAACCUCCCAGCGGGUUGGCAUCGUCGGUGGCGCCCAUUUUCCACACUUCGCGGUCGCUCUUUUAUCUGAACGAGCUUGGGCGGUUGAAGUUGCCGCUCAACUACGCCGGCUGGACAGUGAUUCUGCCAACAACCACGGCGUGGGACGAUCUGGGCAUCACGACGGAGUAUCUGUCCAGCAACAAGACGGCCCUGACGCUGCUUUUUGACUCGCUGAUUUUCCACAACCCGUUUUAUUCCGAUUCGCCCCAGACCAAGCUCCCGACUUACGACAAGUCACAGAAUGUGUCCUUGUCGUGGGUCCAUGACGGCAAGAACGAUUUUGUGUCCGUCGGCGGCGAUCUCUACCGCGUCAACACCCUCGAGUACGACGUUCUGUUCAAUUCUGGCGUCGUGCACACAGUCGAGAAUGUCUUUAUCCCCUCGGCGUUGGACGUGACCGUUUCGAAUCUCAUUGAGACCACCAACUCGGACUUUUUGGAGCUCCUGCAAGUCUCCAACCUGUCCUACACCCUGGAUCCCGCCUUGGGGUACUCGUUUUUGGUUCCGUCAGAGGACUCCAUGGCUGCCGAGAACAUUUCUGUCCACUCUCCGGACUUGAGCGACUACAUGAAACUGCACGUGAUCCAGAACAACACACUGUCAUCAGGAGGCAGUGCCUCGACGCUCAAGAAUGGCGUUUCUCUGGUCGCGAAAAAAUUUUCCGAGAAGCUGCUCAUGGUGUCGAUUUUCCAGGGCAUUGACCGAGAGGCCCGAAUCCUGAACCGCGGCAUUGCGUCUAACAAUGCCACUGUCUUCGCCAUCGACCGGCCGCUAUCGCCGUCGUGGAUCAUUCCCGACAACCCGUGGUUCCCGUCACACGACCAUCUGAGGACCCCCGUGGCGAUUUUCAUCGGAAUCAUUAUCGGGCUCGUGGCGUUUUUUGCCAUUCUCAGUUGUUUGCUGUGGGUGUUUCUUGGCAAGUCUCGAGAGCCCGACGAGGAGCGCGCCGCCAGCACUCCCGUCGUGGUCACCAAGCCGAAACCAAAGAGCAGGACUGAUGUGCUCCGACAGGAGGCAGGGGUGAACACUCCCUUGUUAGCGGGCGGCUCUGGCAAGACGUACGCCACUGCCCCAAUGAGUGUCAACCAGCCGAGGAAAAAUGGCCGGGGUUUGAAGAUUGGGCCGCAGCAUUGA